AUGGACCUUGUUUCAGACAGAGUAGAAAUGCACCGAAACAUCGGAGUCCAGCGAGAUAACUGGAACCACCUCCUCUUAACCUCCGUCAAUGGCAUGACCGCCACAUCAGCCACCAUGGCCGGCCUCGCUGCUAUCUGUGGAAGCUCUGAUUUUGGAGCUUCCUUGGCAUUGAAGCUAUCUUCUACGAUCCUAUACAUCGCUGCCACUGGGGUUUUGAUGGUGAUGAACAAGAUCCAACCGUCUCAGCUCGCAGAAGAACAAAGAAACGCUUCGAGACUGUUUAAACAGCUUCACGAGCAAAUCAAAACAAAGAUAGCGCUUCGAAAUGCUAAUUUGAAUGAUGUGAAGGACGCGGUGGAAAGGGUUUUGGCCUUGGAUAGAGCUUACCCGCUUCCAUUGCUCGGAGCAAUGCUCAAUAAGUUUCCUAAAAAAGUGGAGCCCGCGGUGUGGUGGCCAGAGCAGCUGAGUCUAAUCCAAGAACAUGGUUUUGGAGGCGAGCCGUGGAGACUGAGAGAUAAUGGGUGGAGCGAGAAGCUUGAAGAUGAGAUGAGAGAGGUUGUUGGGGUUUUGAAGAGGAAAGAUAGUCAAGAGUAUUUGAGGCUGAGCAAGUUGGUUUUGAAGGUUAACAAGGUUUUGGCCAUUUGUGGACCUUGUUUUACUGGUUUAGCAGCAAUUGGGUCAGCCUUCGUGGGAACAAGUUCAUGGGCUGUGGUUUUGGGGGUGGUGUUUGGGGUUUUGGCUACAGUACUUAAUACUAUAGAGCAUGGUGGUCAGGUUGGGAUGGUGUUUGAGAUGUAUAGAAGCUCUGCUGGCUUCUUUAUGCUCAUGGAAGAGAGCAUAGAAUCAACUUUGGAAGAGAGAGAAGUGAGGAAGAGAGAGAAUGGGGAGUUGUUUGAGACUGAAGUGGCUCUUAAGCUUGGAAGGAGUUCGAAGAGCUCAAACAUCUUGCAAAUCUUUCUACUACUUCUACUUCUUCGAAUCUAG